AUGGCCUUCUCCGGCCAAGUCCCCACCAUCGUGGUCCUGAAGGAAGGAACCGACGCUUCACAGGGAAAGGGUCAGAUUAUAUCGAAUAUCGACGCCUGCGUUGCGGUGCAAUCGACUAUCAAGAGCACACUGGGUCCAUACGGAGGCGACUUGCUUCUUGUUGACGGCAACGGCAAACAGACAAUCACCAACGAUGGAGCAACAGUGAUGAAGCUCUUGGACAUCGUCCACCCUGCCGCCCGCAUUCUUACCGACAUCGCACGUUCCCAAGAUGCCGAAGUGGGUGACGGAACAACAUCUGUCGUUGUUCUCGCUGGUGAGAUCUUGAAGGAGGUUCGUGAUCUGGUCGAACAGGGAGUCAGUGCACAAACAAUCAUCAAGGGCUUGCGGAGAGCGAGCGCCAUGUCUGUGAACAAGGUCAAGGAGAUUGCGAUAGACAUCAUCGAUGCAGCGGGCAGUGAGGAACAAAAGAUCGACACUCUGCGGAAAUUGGCCGCUACUGCGAUGAACAGCAAGUUGAUCAAGAGGAACUCGGAUUUCUUCACGAAGAUGGUUGUCGAUGCUGUCCUUACUCUCGAUCAGGAAGACCUUAACGAGAAGCUUAUCGGCAUGAAGAAGGUCAACGGCGGUGCUCUUCAGGAGUCGCUGUUUGUUAACGGUGUUGCUUUCAAGAAGACGUUCUCCUACGCUGGUUUCGAGCAACAGCCCAAGUCGUUCAAGGACCCGAAGAUUGUUUGCUUGAAUGUCGAGCUUGAACUGAAGAGCGAGAAGGAUAACGCAGAGGUCCGGGUGGAGCAGGUGUCAGAAUACCAGGCUAUUGUCGACGCGGAGUGGCAGAUUAUCUACAACAAGAUGGAGGCCAUCUACAAGACGGGAGCCAAGGUUGUUCUGAGCAAGCUGCCAAUCGGUGACUUGGCUACACAGUACUUUGCUGACCGGGACAUUUUCUGCGCUGGUCGCGUCGCAUCCGAUGAUAUGGAACGUGUGUGCCAGGCCACAGGCGCUUCGGUUCAGUCGACAUGCUCCGAUAUCCAGGAUCGUCACCUCGGUACUUGCGGUUCCUUCGAGGAGCGACAGAUUGGUGGUGAGCGAUUCAACAUCUUCUCUGACUGCCCCGGAGCGAAGACCUGCACCCUGGUGCUCCGUGGUGGGGCUGAGCAGUUCAUCGCCGAGGUCGAGCGCAGUCUACACGAUGCCAUCAUGAUCGUCAAGCGCGCUAUCCGUAACACUACCGUCGUCGCCGGUGGUGGUGCCUGCGAGAUGGAGCUCUCCAGCUACCUUCACCGCUACGCUGAUAAGAACGUGCCGCACAAGCAGCAGGCUGUUGUUAAGGCGUUUGCCAAGGCCUUGGAAGUCAUCCCUCGCCAGCUUUGCGACAACGCCGGUUUCGAUGCCACCGACAUUCUGAACAGACUCCGUGUUGAGCACCGCAAGGGUAGCACCUGGGCGGGUGUCGACUUCGACCAUGAAGGUGUCCGCGACAACAUGGAAGCCUUUGUGUGGGAGCCCAGCUUGGUCAAGGUCAAUGCCAUCCAGGCUGCCGUCGAGGCUGCGUGCUUGAUCCUGAGUGUGGACGAGACGAUAAAGAACCAAGAAUCCGCCCAGCCUCAGGCACCCACCCGCGGUCUGCCACCGGGUGCCGCCCAGCGUGCUCUCCGUGGCCGCGGACGGGGUAUGCCCAGAAGGUGA